AUGGAAGUUAUCCGAGAAACAGAUGGACUCCUCCUUUCUCAGCGCAAAUUCACUUUAGACCUUUUCCAACAAUUUGAUUCUCUCCAUUUGUCACAUGUUUCUUCUCCACUCGAUUCGUCUACUCCUUUGUCUACUCACACAGGGGAACCAGUGAAGGAUCCCACCUUGUAUCGUCAUCUCCUUGGAAAACUUAACUACCUCACUCACACCCGCCCAGACUUAUCCUUCACUGUCCAACACCUCAGCCAGUAUAUGCAGGACCCUCGACAACCACACCUAGAUGCAGCACUCCGUGUGCUUCGCUAUCUGCUCAAAGAUCCUGGGUUUGGGCUUUUUAUGUCUGCUUCCUCCUCCUUCAAGCUCUUAGCUUUUUGUGACUCCGAUUGGGCCACCUGCCCGGACUUGAGGAAGUCGGUAAGUGGUUUUUACAUUUCCCUUGGUACCUCUCCGAUCACUUGGAAAUCCAAGAAGCAAACUUCCAUCUCGCUCAGUUCAACCGAGGCAGAAUACAGAUCUAUGCGGCGAGUGGUUGCAGAGCUCACAUGGUUGGUUCGUCUUUUUGAGGAUUUGUCAAUUCCUAUUUCUCUUCCAGUCCCUCUUCACUCCGAUAGCCAAGCAGCAAUUCAUAUAUCAAAAACCCUGUUUUUCACGAACGAACGAAGCACGUUGAAAUUGACUGUCAUUUUGUACGCGAGCAAUACCUCGCUGGGCUGA